AUGGCGGACGACAGCCAGAGCUUCCCAAUAGCGCACUACAAAGCUCACCACAAAUCCGACGAAGAACAACGCCGACACCUCACCACAUUCAAAGCCCUCCAAAAGGAACGCUCCAACAAGUGCUUCAUCUACGUCUUCUCCGCCUUCGUCUUCCUCUCCGUCGCCGUUUUAAUCUUCGCUCUCAUCGUCCUCCGCGUCAAUUCCCCUGCUCUCCACUUCUCCUCUCUCUCCGUCGCCAAAUUCUCCCUCUCCAACACCAAUUCCUCUUCUCCCUCCCUUAACCUCACCGUCACCGCCCAACUCGCCGUCGACAAUUCCAACUUCGGCCCCUUCAAUUUCGACUACGCCUCUGUCGGUUUCAUCUACGCCGGUGCCAUCGUCGGCCAGAGCACUACCGGCGCCGGCAGAGCCAAAGCCAAGGGAACCAAAACCAUGAAUGUCACCGUCCAAGCUUCCGCCAACAACAUCAGCGCCGAUUACAACAAUUCCCGGCUGUUGAAUCUGAGUAGCUUCGCGAAUUUAAGAGGCAGAGUCCGAUUGAUUCAUAUUUUCCGGCGGAGGGCCUCGUCGGAGAUUAGCUGUUCCAUGAUCCUGGAUUUGAAUACUCAUCAAAUUCAGCAUAAUUGGGUUUGCGAGUAG